CCCGUUCUUCCUGAACGUGCCGCUAUCACGUUCCAACGACUCCAAGGAAAAGUCCUUUACUGGCGACGUCGCCUUUGACGCGUCCUCGUUUGUUAAUGCGGCCGGGGAACCUUCACCAGCGCUACAAAGACGGUCCUCCCAAAAGUUCCGAUCCAUCCGCAGGGGGCUGACGAAGGGUGGAAAGUCUAAGACUUUGUGACUUACUAUCAACCACCAUGGGAGCUCAAGAAAUCGCGUCCAUUACUGCCCUCAUCCAAAAGUCUCAUACUGUCAUCAAAUAUCUCAAGGAUGUACAAGAGGCACCUAAAGAAUGUAACGAGCUCAUGAGGGAGCUACGGCAUAUGGAGAUCCACCUGUCGACUGUCAAAAUAAUCACGCUGCUGUCGACUGCAGGCGACCCAUGGUUGAUGAUAUUACAGCAGUUAAAGGAUCCCUUCAAAGAGCUUACUGGGUUACUUUCUGGAAUCGAGAAGGGACUGAAGGUUACCUCGCUGUGGUGGAAAAGGGUAGGGCCGAAACUCCAGUGGACAUUUUCGGAAGAGAGCGCACAAGAGGAUUUUCGGAAGAUCGAGGAGAGGGCCAACGGCAUGUUUUUUCUGGCUGAUAUGUAUAUAACCUUACUCGCUCAGAACGCAGACCGUGGUGAAUUUGUUGAGGCGCUUGACAAUCUGCCGGACUCCAUUGAAGGCACAUACCAGCAUUUUCUGAAAAGGGUUGAUUCGCAGUCCGAUCAAAAGAGGAACUUCGCCUAUCGAGUGUUCAGUUGGGUGGCAUUUGCUGAGCAGCGUCUAACAAUCUUGGAAUUACAGCACGCAUUAGCCGUGCAACCAGGAACCAGCAAGCUCAAUAUGGACAAAAUACCUGAUUUUGACCUCAUCUCACACGCUUGCAUCGGGUUUGUCAUCGUUGACAGCCAAGGAUACGUUAGAUUUGCGUACCCUACAACACGCGAAUACUUUAUUUCUCAAAAAGACACGCUCUUUCCCGGUAUCCAGGAGCGCAUAACGCGUACCUGCCUGACCUAUAUGCCAUUCGAUAUCUUUCGGUCACCCGAUGUCCUUUCCCUAUCGAAAUCUGACAUGCUCAAAAAGUAUCCCUUCCUCAGUUACGCGUCGAGUAAAUGGGCAAUCCAUGCCAGGAAAUGCGUGCGCGACUCCGUGGAAGAGGAUAUCCUCGCUUUUUUACCCACACAAGCGGGAAUCGCUCUGUCGUUUGAACAAACACCUGACUCGGAACCAGAAGUACCACGCACUCCUGCAUGGUUUGCUGCCCAUUACGGCCUGUUAUAUCUUUUGGAGGCUCUUGUGGAGCGAGGGGUCGACCUGCAGCAUGAAAAUGUGCUGUGUAUCGCGGCACAUGCAGGGCAGCUUGACACGGUGAAAUUGUUGUUGUCGUGCGAUGACGUAGACGUGAAUCAGGCGAACAAGAUCACAUAUCUUUACGAUCACUCUAUCGAUCGCAACGACGGCGCCAAUCGACUCGGACUCGAGGACGGAAAAGCGUCUCAUCCUACUUUCUGCACACCUCUCAUCGCCGCUGCCUCGAAUGGUUACGAAGAAAUUGUUAGGGUGUUACUAGAAUCCAAGGACAUGAAAUCCAUGAACUUUUUGCCUCCCGGUGGACCCACCGCAUUAUCAGCAGCCGUAUUUGGUAACCACACUAGAGUGGUCAAGCUCUUGCUGUCGCAGCCUGGCAUCGACACCUCCGUCCGGUUCCUAGACGAAACACCGCUUCUGCUGGCCAGAAGGAUGUGGAGAGCUGACAUUGUGAAGAUGCUUCCGGAGUGAGGCGAUGUCCAGGGGCAUUGGACAAUCAUCUGAGCAUGAAGGUGGAUAUCGUGUUGCACUACAUAAGUUGUAUCUUUCUUUUCUCGAGAAGUUCCAGAUACCGGCCGUAUUCGAUGUCGUCAGACGAGGCGAGGUUGUACUAACUUGUAGUCUCAGAGUAGAUGUCAUCGGUGGCUGGCUAUAUAAUCGAUUUCGAUCACCUGUCUCUGCUUGUACACCGCCUUGUCCUUCACCGCCAAUCAUGGUAGAGGCUCUAGGAACCGCUUCGUCCGUUGGCCCCCUCAUCCAAAAGUCCCGUACUAUCACCACGUAUCUAAAGAACAUAAAAGAAGCACCUAAAGAACUUGACAAGCUCUUGAAGGAGCUACGGGAUCUGGAGAUCGCCCUGACUAUGGUAGAAUUGCAUACCCGGUCGGUGACUGAAGACGACCUGUGGCUUGUGACAUUACAAGAAUUGGAGAC